AUGGGGGCAGGCUACAUGAACCCGAAGCAGAGCACCGUGCUGAAGUCCACCUUGCUGUUCGGCUUCGUGGUGGCGGUCCUCGUGGAAGGCUUUCCUUCGCCAGAGAACACGAACGAGCGCUUCAUCGACGUUUUCGUGUUCACGGUUUCCUGGGCCAUCUGCUGCCUCUUCCAGUCGAUCGUGCUGGCCGGCCUGUAUCAGGUGGUCCAGACGAGGGCUCUUCGCGAAAUGAUUCGUGGCCUGCAAACUUCUAGCAGCAGUGCCAGCAACCCCUUUGCGGACGAACUCACACGGUCAACCACCAUGGAUAGCGGCGCCCUCUCGGGCGCCUCAAUCUCUGCCGGCUCGAGCCUGUCCACGCCGGAUCUUCUUCGGUCACAGGCUCUCCCCGACCAGCAGCGGAUAACGUUCCCGAGGCCCUACGCUCUGCUUCAUCCUGCAGCCCAGCGCUUCAAGCAGCGAGGGCUCGGGGACCUCGACGUGGAGGCGCAUGCGCCGAGGCACCUAAAGCGGUGUGACACUGACGAGUCCAUCAACUUCGGGCCCGCGAGCGGCAAGGAGCCAGGGUCACCGGUGCCGACGCUACAUGUGUUUGACCCGAAACGCCUGCUCUAUCGGAGUCAGGCCAAACAGUUCGUGACCUUUGGCUCUCUCUUCACGCUGAUCUGUUUGGCUGGAUUGAUCUACGGCCGGCUGUCAAUGCGCAGGGGAAGCAAGCACGGAGAGGGCUCUUCCGAUGUGUGCAUCCGCCUAGGCAUCUUCCUCCCGCCCUUCAUCUCUGCCACCUUCUCGCUGAUGCUGCGGAAGCAUGCGAACCCCAUUCGCGCCACCUUGGCUGUGCAGAGCCUCUCUUCGCUUUGCUUCUUCCUGUCCUUAGCCUGCCUCGCCAUCACCACAAUUUGGUGGCACGCCUCCGCACCGAGCAUCAACCUGGCGCGCACGCAUGGCGCGGAGGAGACCUAUCUGAAGGGCAUCUCCUUGCAAGUGGAUGGCUGGCCCAUCUUCUUCCAUCCCACCGGCGUGGCCGUUUCUGGCAACUCGCUGUUCCUGUCUGCAGCCUUCCGCAUCGCCCGCUUCCGGCUCGCCGGCGGCGUGGCGCGUCUGGAGAGUGAAACCACUUUCCCUGGGCUUGAGAUCGGCGAUAUUAGCUUCUGCGGCAACCAGUCUGCAGUCAACAGCAGUCUGGCCUUGGCCGGCCGGGACACCAUUGCGGUCUUGGCCACGGAGGUGGUGACGAGAUCUGCACGGGUCACCUGGCGCGACCUGCCCAACGCCAGCUUCGGCCGGAGCAUCCAGGAUCCCCUGGACACUUCCGCCGAGUCACUCCAGGCCCUGAGCUACUGGCCGCAGCAGGACAUGCUUGUGGUCAGCAAGGCAGACUUGGGUGUGGUGGCCUGCCAGGCACAUGACGAGGAGAGGCAGCUGCAGUCCACAGUGCAAGCAGAGAUGAUGAUCAUGGAGAAGUUUGCGGCAGGGACGUCCGUCUCUGGCCUGCACGUAGAUCCCAUCGAGGAGGUGCUGUAUGUGCUCUUCCAUCGAUCCGGGCGCCACGCCGAAAUCCACGCAAUCGACUUGCGGGAUGAGCUCGGCCGCUUGCUGCGCAUCCUCCGUCUCCCAGACGUGGAUGCAGCUGAUGGUCCGGAUGCAGACCAUGAUGUGGUGUGGGGCGCUUUGUCCACGUACCACCCAAUGGAGGUCCACGACAGGCCUCAACUUCUUGCGGUGACAAGGACACCGGCGAAGGUGUUCAGCUUCGACUUGCCCAACUUGCGCCAGUGCGGCUCAGAAAGUCUCUGCAAGUCGGCCGCCAACGCCUCCCGGGCUGUGGCAGAGCUGAAAGCCAGCAUCUGGAGGUGA